GACGUGGUCUCCGCGACACCGUGCACUCCAGUGGCGGGGAUCGACGUCUAUAAAGAACCAACACCACCCGCGAAGAACCCAGUAAAUCGUAGUACCUAUCGUUGCUCCACAAAAACAUGAAGAGGUUCGCGUGUUUAAUAGUGCUCAGUGCACUCUGCUCAGCUGCAUACAGUCAAGAAAAUUUCAAAUGUCCAGACGAUUUUGGAUUUUACCCACAUCACAUAUCCUGCGAUAAAUAUUGGAAGUGUGACAACAAUGUAGCAGAAUUAAAGACUUGUGGAAAUGGUUUAGCGUUCGAUGCUAGUGAUUCCAAAUUUUUGACUGAAAACUGUGAUUACAUCCACAAUGUAGAUUGUGGAGACAGGACGCAAUUGGAACCUCCAAUUAGUUCGACCCAUUGUGAAAGGCUUUAUGGUAUCUUCUCAGAUGAAGCCAAAUGUGACGUGUUCUGGAACUGCUGGAAUGGAGAAGCUUCAAGGUACCAAUGCUCACCCGGUCUUGCCUACGAUAGAGAAUCUCGAGUAUGUAUGUGGGCCGAUCAAGUACCAGAAUGUAAAAACGAAGAAGUUGCAGGUGGUUUCACAUGUCCCGCUGCCGGAGAAAUAGCCAAUGCCGGUUCUUUCUCGAGGCACGCUCAUCCAGACGACUGCAGAAAAUACUAUAUCUGCCUUGAAGGACAAGCCAGAGAAUACGGUUGUCCCAUUGGUACUGUAUUUAAAAUUGGAGAUGCUGAUGGUACUGGUAACUGCGAAGAUCCAGAAGAAGUACCUGGAUGCGAAGAUUACUACAAAGAUGUGGACCUGAAAGCUUUGAAGAAAUUAGGAUACUAAGUACUGACUGAACAUUUAUCAUUAUAAGAGGUUUUAAAGGUAUAAAAGUCUGAUCAGAAGAAUCAGAUUUAUGACUAGUCGAGUAUGUAAUUAAAAACAAGUUUACUUAGUUUAGUCUCUUAUGCCCUGUUCUCAUGACAGGCGUUUAACGCGCGUUUUGAUAUGACCUAACGCUUUUAAUGACAUAAAACGCGCGUUAGCAUGUGAACGAUAAGCCACAAUUCUACUAAAAAAAUGAUUUUAAUAACGUUUCGACGCCCAAAUCGGGUGUCGUUGUCAAAAUAUAAAAAAUAUUAAUGAAUUAAACAAAAAUAUUGUUGUAAGUAAAAAAAUUCUUCUAAUAAUUUAUUUAAUUUGGCUCAUUUAUAUCGGCAAUUCAGGCAUAUAUUAUACAUUUUAAAGUAAAAGACUUUAAAAUGAUAUUGCCAAUAUUUAUGAGUUGCGUUCCUUAAAAUUCACUAUUUAAACGUUAGAAUAAGUGAACAUCAGUCUUAUACCGGAUGUCCACUUAUAUUUUCCCCCAUUUUAACUGCCUAUAACUUCUAAACGGCUCAAGAUAGAAAUAUGCGGUUUUCGCUGAAAUGUUUUAUUUUAGUAAAAGUUUUGUCUGAAUGGAUUGAAUUUUUUAUAUCGCUUUCAAAUACGAAAAGAAAAAUGGCGGAUUUUUGAAAAAAAAACGUUGUUGACUUUUUUUUAAUGGAACACCCAGUAUAUUUUUUUGUAAAUUGAAAGAAAGGACAUUCAUCUAUCCACCUAUAUAAAGUUUUUCAAAAUCGGUUGUCAACUCACUGAGUAAUUAAUUUUUAAAAUGAGAGGUGCAACGUGGAUUUCGCAUACCUAAAUAACAUAACUAAGCAAAUUGAUAUUAUUGUUAUGUGAUUUCCACAUUGCAUCUCUCAUUUUAAAAAUUAAUUGCUCAGUCAUUUGAUAACCGAUUUUAAAAAUUUUUAUAUCGUUGGAUAGGUAAAUGACCGUUUUUUCAAGUUUUUAGGUAAAUGACCAUUUUUUAUAUCGCUUUUAAAUAAAAAAUGGCGGAUUUUUGAAAACGUUGUUGACUUUUUUAUUGAAACGCCCAGUAUAUUUUUUGUAGCUUGAAAAAAUGGUCAUUUACCUAUCCAGCGAUAUCUCUCUCUCUCGUUCCAUCCCUCCUUGUGGAGUAUUGGGCGCUUAUGCGUUUCUUGGCCAAAAGUGUAAGAUUGCUGUCUGGCCGGGACAGCGCAAUCCAGCGAUAUAAUUUUUUUUAAAAUCAGUUGUCAAAUGACUGAGCAAAUAAUUUUUAAAAUGAGAGAUGCAAUGUGGAAAUCACAUAACAUAAUAUCAUUUUGCUUAUGUAGUUAUGUUAUUUAGGUAUGAGAUAUCCACGUUGCACCGCUCCUUUUAAAAACUAAUUACUCAGUGAUUUAUCAACCGAUUUUGAAAAACUUUAUAUGGCUGGAUAGGUGAAUGACCUUUCUUUCAAUUUACAAAAAAAUAUACUGGGUGUUCCAUUAAAAAAAAGUCAACAACAUUUUUUCAAAAAAUCCGCCAUUUUUUUUUUCGUAUUUGAAAGUGAUAUAAAAAAUUCAAUACAUUCAGACAAAACUUUUGCUAAAAUAAAACAUUUCAGCGAAAACCGCAUUUUUCUAUCUUAAGCCGUUUAGAAGUUAUAGGCAGUUAAAAUGGGGGAAAAUAUAAGUGGACACCCGCUAUUAAAAAUAGAGAAUUUGAUAGAUCUCAAAUAUGUCAACACGCAUGGGAUAAUGAACAUAGAGUUCAGUGGAGAGAUUCAAGUAUAGUCCUGAAAGAAACAGAUAGUAAAAAGAGAAUAAUCAAAGAAGCGGCUUUAAUUAUGCUAAAUGAAACAAACUGUGUCGCAAAUUCCUCGGUGGAAUGCAGUAGGAUGUGGUUAACCAUACUAAAAGAGGAAGUCAAUAGAAAGAAAAUACCAGGAUUAGUAUGUCAAUAACAUAUCGAGUUAGUACAUAUUUUAUAUUUUAGUAUUGUUUAUAUAUCUAUGUAUUAUUAAUAUUAUUUAUAAUUUAAAAUAACAUAUGUACAGUCACAAUCACUGAAUAGUUUACACCCUUUAAUAUUCAGGGGCCAAUUUUUUGAAUUUUUACCUCGUUUAAACGCACCUUUUACGUCAAAGUAACGAUACCAGUGGCGGACCCAGAAUAGGUUGAUUAAAAUUAAAAAAUCAAAAUAAAAUAAAUCUAUUUUACAAAAUUUAACAAAAGGGAAAUUAUAGACAGGCAUCUUUUUAAAUAAAAUUGAGUUAAAAUUAUUGAGUUUGGCAAUUACUUUUGGUUUUGCGCGUGAUAUAAACGGCAUUUUGGAAGCUUUUAAUAACUUCUUAUUUUAUUUUUCAAUACGCACUAAAAUUUUUGACAACCAAUUUGACAUUUAGUAAAUCCGCACGACACUGCGAUUUUACAGUAUUACAAUAUAAAAAAUAAAGGUGUAAACUAUUCAGUGAUUGUGACUCUACAUAUUAAGAUCAGAAUUUGGUAUUAGUUUUGAGAGUAAACUAAAGUAAGACCUAAUACUUACGAUGUCGGGAUAAUAUCACGAGGUUUUUUCCUGGUUUUCCCUCGUGAUUUACUAUGGAAUCUCUAGCGCGAGAAUUUUACUGUCACCAUUGCAUGUGGUUGUCUUUUUAAAGACAGAUCACAUGUUAUGAAUUUUUUUGUGACGGAUAUUCUUGAGUUGGGGUUGAUUUCAUGUAAUCGAAUGAACUAUCUUUCAAUAAAGUCGUCCCAGGAACGCAACUCAUAAAUAUUGGCAAUAUCAUUUUAAAGUCUUCUACUUUAAAAUGUAUAAUAUAUGUAUGAAUUGCCGAUAUGAAUGAGUCAGAUUAAAUAGAUUAUUAGAAGAAUUUUUUUACUAAGCAACAACAUUUUUGUGUAAUUCAUUAUCUAAUUAUUACUAACAGGGAUAUUUACAAUGAUCUGGAAACGAAAACCGUCAGUGAAGUGAUAGUGGAGUUAAGUGCAAAAUACAUUGUACGUCUUGAAAGCCACGCGAAUGUGCUUGCAAUUAAUUUGUUAGACAACAGUCAGGAAACAAAACGGUUAAA